AUGUCUUCCAAUCUCGCAGACAACAGAGUCAUCAUGCAGAGCUAUACGUCUCCCAUGACCUCAGAUGAUGAUCUUCUAAUCUCUCUCUUUCGAUUCCAUCCACAAUCUUCAGAAGAGGAGUCUCCUGCUGCUGAGUCCUCCUCUCUUAAUGAAAACGAUGUUGGCCGCAACUGCCCAGUGACGUACGAGCAACCAUUCGAUGAUCCAGACAUGGAGCCGGUGCCUUUCGAGUCUGACACCGUCCCAAGCGUAGAACCACUACCACUAUCUGAUCUUCCCUCCUUUAAGCCUUCGUCCCUUCAACACGAAACUAGGGAAGCAGAUCUUAUCCAAAGUGCGUUAUCCAUUCUGUUCGAAGCCCCCAACGACAUUGUUCCGAGCAAGAGAACCUCCGAAGAUCUCCUAUCAGUUACAACCACUCGCUCUCAUUAUUUCAAGCGUCAGAGACUCAGCCCCGAAGAAGUAUCUUGUGAUCAAACGGUGAUGCGAUUCCGCCCGUAUCAAGAUCAACAAUGGAAUGGAAUGUUCCAAAAACUCGUCCAGUACAGGCUCAAACAUGGGCACUGCAGUGUACCACAUUCCUAUCAAGAAGAUCGGAUGCUUGCCCGAUGGGUCAAGAGGCAGCGAUACCAGCAUACGAAACUCAAAGCCAAAGACCCUUCGUCUACCAUGACAGCCCGCCGUAUUCAACAGCUCGAGUCCAUCGGCUUUGUUUGGCAUUCCCAUGAAUCUGCGUGGCAGACAAAGCUAAACGAGCUCAAGGCGUUCAAGCAAAGGACAGGACAUUGCAAUGUCCCAUCGGACCAUUCUAAAAAUUCGUCCUCGUUGCCAGCAUGGAUCAGAUGUCAGCGAAGGCAGUACUUAUUGUGGAGAUCUGGCUACAGUUCCACAAUGACAGAAAAGCGAUAUGAACUAUUGAAGGCGCUGGGAUUUAAUUUUGAGAAAUUUGGAGGACUGCAGCGGGCACGAAGCGUCUGA